AGAUAUUGUAUGAAGUUUUCGGAGCCGACUUCUGUUGAACGUGUCUCGGCGUGAGUCGGUUGCGGUUGUGAGGUGUGCAGCUCAAAACCUGGCUCUCAUGUGUGACGUGAGUUCUACCACGACGACGACCCGCGCUCGACGGAUGGAAUAAGGAGGGCGGGUCCGUAGGCCUUCGCCAUGGCCUCAUUCGGGUCAGGAGGUGCCGAUCCUGAACUUCUAUUCAGCAAGCAGGAGCGGAUCGGCAAAGGGUCGUUCGGGGAAGUAUUCAAAGGCAUCGAGCGCAAGACCCAGCGCGUUGUUGCGAUCAAAAUCAUCGAUUUGGAAGAAGCCGAAGACGAGAUUGAGGACAUCCAACAAGAGAUUCAGGUUCUAUCGCAAUGUGAUUCACCGUACGUGACUCGUUACUACGGAUCGCACCUAAAAGCGUCGAAACUAUGGAUCAUAAUGGAAUAUUUGGGUGGGGGGAGUGCCCUCGACCUCAUGAAGGCAGCUCGCUUCGAAGAACUUCACAUCGCCAUUAUCCUACGUGAAGUUCUCAAGGGUCUCGAGUAUCUCCAUGCCGAGCGGAAACUGCAUCGGGAUAUCAAGGCGGCAAAUGUGUUACUGUCGGAGCAAGGCGAUGUCAAGCUAGCCGACUUCGGUGUCGCUGGACAACUCACAUCCACCACUUCGAAGAGAGACACGUUCGUCGGUACACCGUUUUGGAUGGCUCCCGAGGUCAUCAAACAAUCGUUAUAUGAUUCCAAAGCCGACAUUUGGUCCCUGGGCAUCACAGCCAUCGAACUCGCAAAGGGCGAGCCCCCACAUUCCGAGCUGCAUCCAAUGCGUGUCCUGUUUCUCAUUCCAAAAAACAAUCCACCUCAAUUGACGGGGAACUACUCAAAGCCUUUCAAGGAAUUCGUCGAGGCGUGCCUCAACAAAGAGCCGGAAAACCGCCCGACGGCUCGAGAUCUCCUGAAGCACCCAUUAGUUCGGAAAGCCAAGAAGAAUUCGUACCUAAUCGAUUUGAUAGACAAGUACAAAUUAUGGAAGGCGAACGGAGGCGAAGGAAGCUCGGACGACUCCGAUGGCAACGGCAAUGAUAAUGGUGAUUCAAGUCAUGACGGCAAUGGAGAUCUGGAUUCAGGGGGCACCUGGAAGUCUCUGAGAUGGGACCUUGGUACAAUAAAAAAUCCUCCGCUCGUGACAGAAACUCCGACCGAGCCUACUCCGAUUCAAUCGAAGGCCGAGCAGUCGAAAGUUCAACAUGUCCCGCGGAGCGUUCCGGCAGCUUCGCCCCUUAGAGAGAACCUACCCGCAGCGGCGCGGAUAGCAAAUCGUCAUAGCUUGGGGUUGCAAUCUCCCGAGCGGGGUGCGCCGCCACCUCCACCCACACACAGCAAUCACGUCCCACAUCCUCAUUUGCCACCUCAGGGCCCUCCUGUGCGAUCGCCUGCUCGGGCAUCUGCGGAAAAAUCUGGCCCACCGUCGUUGGGCUCGCCGAUGAAAGAGAAGCCGGUCAUGAUUUCUCCCGUGAAAGAGAAGCAGGUGCCUUUAGUAUCGAAGGAUCGCCCAACAGUCGCACCCCCUCCUGUCAAAGAAAGGUCUCUAGAUCGACCACUGGUCUCACCCGUCAGAGAGAGAGAAAGAGAUCGGUCCUUGGUUUCGCCCCAGUCGCAUAUAGCGACCCCAACACACCCCAUCAAGAUGGUUCCACCUCCCACUAAAACAUCUAUUUUAAGUGGAAAGCCCAUAGUGCCAAUCUUGGCGUCACUGGAGAGACGCCAAAAUACUUCGAAGGCAGUUCUCGACGAGUUCCGAACCGACCUUGAGCGUGCCGAACUCACGUGUCCAGGAGUCAGUGGCCUUUUUUUGAAGGAGAUGUUACACCGACUCUUACCGCAGCAGCCUGGUUAUAAACUUGACGAGCUGCUCUACAAUGUACAGCCAAUGUAGAUGAUGGUCUCGAAUAAUGGGACGACUCGGCUCCCAACCAGGAUGGGAGAGAGAACGUCUGUAUAACGUUAUUCGGAAGCGUUGCGAGUUAUUUAUUCGAAGUCAGAGAACACUUAGUUUCAUGACGCGCUGGCGGCGUGUACGAUGGCAAACCAUCAUAGGCGAUACACAUAUGAGUGGCAGUGCAGUUUGUCUGUCUGUCAAUGUUGCAUCUUAUCUCGAGCUAUAUUUUUGUAAAAAAAAUGAAAUUCUAUCAUCCGUCAGCUAGUUCGAUAGGUAUAGAAACGACGGCCAUCUCACGCGGAAGCCCUCCAGAGGACAGUACCGGGUGCAGAUCUUCGGCUCGAGGCGGACGUUUCGUCGCUGCUGCAUCAUC